UCAUUCAAACAUGGCAGAAACUAAGACUCACCGGCUUGGAGCAGCUCUGUCUCUGAUCCCUUUAAUUUUCCUCAUCUCUGGAGAUGAAGCAGCUUCAUUUCAGCGAAACCAGCUGCUUCAGAAGGAACCAGACCUCAGACUGGAGAAUGCCCAAAAGUUUCCCAGUCCUGAAAUGAUCAGAGCUUUGGAAUACAUAGAAAAACUCCGACAACAAGCUCACAAAGAAGAAAACAGCCCAGACUACAAUCCCUACCAAGGUAUCUCUGUUCCUCUUCAGAAGAAAGAAAAUGGUGAUGAAAGUCGCUUGCCCGAAAGUACAAGGGAUUCUCUGAGUGAAGAUGAGUGGAUGAGGAUAAUACUUGAAGCUUUGAGACAGGCCGAAAAUGAGCCUCAGUCUGCACCAAAAGAAAAGCCCUAUGCUUUGAAUUCAGAAAAGAACUUUCCAAUGGACAUGCCUGAUGAUUACGAGACUCAACCAUGGCCAGAGAGGAAGCUUAAGCACAUGCGAUUCCCUCCUAUGUAUGAAGAGAAUUCCAGGGAUAACCCCUUUAAACGCACAAAUGAAAUAGUGGAGGAACAAUAUACUCCUCAAAGUCUUGCCACACUAGAAUCUGUGUUCCAAGAGCUAGGGAAACUGACAGGACCAAACCAGAAGCGUGAGAGAGUUGACGAGGAGCAAAAACUUUAUACAGAUGAUGAAGAUAGUAUCUACAAGGCCAAUAACAUUGCCUAUGAAGAUGUGGUUGGGGGAGAAGAUUGGAACCCAGUAGAAGAAAAAAUAGAGAGCCAAACCCAGGAAGAGGUAAGAGACAGCAAGGAGAAUAUAGAAAAAAAUGAUCCAAUCAAUGAAGAAAUGAAGCGUUCAGGGCAGCUGGGCCUCGAGGAUGAAGAUCUCCGGAAAGAGAGUAAAGACCAACUCUCAGAUGAUGUCUCCAAAGUAAUUGCCUAUCUGAGAAGGUUAGUGAAUGCUGCAGGCAGUGGGAGGGCACAGAAUGGGCAAGGCGGGGAAAGAGCAACCAGGCUUUUUGAGAAACCACUUGAUUCUCAGUCUAUUUAUCAGCUGAUUGAAAUCUCAAGGAAUUUACAGAUACCCCCUGAAGACUUAAUUGACAUGCUCAAAACUGGAGAGAAGCCAAAUGGAUCGGUGGAACCCGAGCAGGAGGUUGAACUUCCUGUUGACCUAGAUGACAUCUCAGAGGUUGACGGAGACCGUCCAGAUGCUUUCCCAAACAAAAUGCUCUCCAAGAAUGGUUAUUCCAAAACGCCCGGUCGUGCUGUGGCACAGGCCCUACCAGAGGGGCUAACUGUUGAGGACAUUUUAAGUCUUUUAGGGAUGGAAAAUGCAGCAAACCAAAAGCCUCCAUAUGUUUCCAGUCAGUAUAACCGAGAGAAAGUUUUGCCCAGGCUCCCCUACGGUCCUGGAAGAUCUGGAGCGAACCAGCUUCCCAAAGGUGCGUGGAUGCCAGAUGUUGAGAACAGACAAAUGGCAUAUGAAAACCUGAGUGACAAGGAUCAAGAAUUAGGAGAGUACUUGGCCAGGAUGCUAGUGAAAUACCCUGAGAUCAUGAAUUCAAACCAGGUGAAGCGAGUUCCAAGUCAAGUCUCCCCUGAAGAUAACCAACAGGAAGAGGACCAAAUUGAGCAGGCCAUCAAAGAGCAGUUGAAUCAAGGUAGCUCUCAAGAGACUGAAAGACUGGCAUCGGUAAGCAAAAGGCUCCCUGUGGGGCCCCCAAAGAAUGAUGAUACCCCAAACAGACAGUACUUGGAUGAAGAUCUGUUAAUGAAAGUGCUGGAAUACCUCAACCAAGAAAAGGUAGAAAAGGGAAGGGAGCAUAUUGCUAAGAGAGCAAUGGAAAAUAUGUAAGAGUUUUCAUCAAUUGCCCUACUUUCUUCCUCGAACCCCAAGAAAACCCCAACAUUUCUCUUUAGUGUGUUGACUUCUAUCCUGUUAACACUGUAAUAUCUUUAAAUGAUAUAAAGGCAGAUGAUUCCAUUUCACUGGGGUAUCUGCUUCACUUAUUCUGAGUUGUUCUCUUGUGUAUGGAUAUGUGUCAAUGUUAUGACUUCUGGAUAAAAAUUAAUCAUAUCCCUUAAUCAAGAAAGAUAUGUGUGAUAGUGUUUAAUAGUGUAUUUAAUGGCUGUGGCCUUGUUGAUGCUCACAUAUUAUAAAGAGUGUCCUAUAAUUCUCUGGAAAGUUUUUAAUAAUUAUUGAAUUAUUUUGUUACUGUCUGUAGUGUUUUGUGAAGUAUUGGAUCAAAAAAAUAAAGCAUUAUAAAUAUA